CAUUGUUCUGAUUUGAUUCGUCACUACCGGGCUGCUGGUCUCUCUGGUGAACUUGUCAAUACAAUUACAGAUUUCCUGGCCGAAGCUCUCUUUCACAUCCCGUGUGAUCGGCUUUCUAAUGUUGGUGGAGUUCGUGAGUUGCUUACUGGAAUACCGCUGCCGAAGAGUACCACCGAAGCUUUUACCAAAGCAACAUUCUUUUCGAUACAUAUACAGGGCGUGCCCGUAAGUGUAAUUUGGAAGCUUCUUGAUAAACACUACCAGAGUUUAGGACGCGAUGGAAUAUGGACAUACUGAUCUUUCUUCUUUCUGGAGAGGAGCAUCAGGGCAGAUACCGCAGUCUAGAAAGUCGCUACUUCGACGAGUAAUUGAUUUUGACUAUCUCAGCACAUUGACGAAGGAGGAGCGACAUGGUCUACUCUACGCAGGCCAUGCUUUUAUAAAUGCGGAGAAUGCAUCAAAAGGAGUUCCGCCAGUCUAUCCUAAUACAGUUAUGGUCCAUGAUGUCCUUCAAUCAUAUACCAACAAGCAAGCGCAACAACAUGUGGAUGAAUUCAAAGAGUUAGACAACGAUAGAGGGAGAAGUGUCUUGGCUGACCAGGGGACUGAAGAAAUGGAGGAGGUCUUGGAGGGAUUCGCCUACUUCUACAAGAAAUGGAAAUUCACCUCAUCAAUUGUCUCGCUGAAGAAUUGCAUCGAGAUGAACCAGGUAUCUCUUGCCAGAGUCUUGCUCCAAUACUACAAAGUGUCAGCAGACGAGGAUCUCGGCCAUAACUUCAAUCUUCUUCACCUCGCGGCAAUGCGAAACAGACCGAUUUUUGUUCCGAUACUGGUGGCUUGUGGUGUUGGCAUCAAUCAAAAAGGUGGCAAUGUCGGCUUCACACCUCUCCAUGAAGCGAUCAGAGCUGGUAGUUCUGAGACAACCGUCGCUCUACUUGACGCUGGCGCCGACGUAGAGAUGUACAGUGACACAUUCUCGAACACGGCUCCAUUCUCUCCGUUUGAGUUGGCACUUGAGUGUCCUAACCGUAGUUCAAAAACUGUGUCACUGCUGCUGAGCCGUGGUGCGAAAUACGGCCAUACUACUCAAAGUCUUGCCAGUCUUGAGACUGCUUGUCGACAUCCAGAUAUCCUCCUGACACUUCUGAACCACGACCCUAGCCUAUCUCGACUCGAAACCCGCAAACGAACGCUCCUCCACGCAGCUGUCGCAGCAAACCGACCCAGAAGCGUUCAAAUACUUCUAGAAAGAGGUGCCGAUGUGAACGUUCGAGACAUCGCAGGACGCACGCCGCUGGCCGCUUUGUCUUCCAUUAAUAAAUUAGGGUCGUACGUCUUGAACGCCAACUUCUACGUAGGGCUUCCGGUAAAGCACUUCGAUCACGAGAUGUGGAAUCCAAAGAGCUUUGAUGAGACGCAGUCUCUGUUGAUUGAAUAUGGAGGCGAAGAGCCAGAUGACUACAUCUAUACCGUGGGGGAACGAAAUAUGAUGAUUGCUGUUGCAAGGUACUUGUACUGCCUCGAGCACUUUGGCACUGGCAUGCUAGCCAAGCUUUCUCUCUCCUCCCUUGUCCAAGGUCUCAUGGCUGGAAAGGGCGUGUUGGAUCCAUCUACCAUGAUCUCGAUUAUGGCAGAGACUCUCAAAGAUCAGAAAGAGUUGGCCAUCAACAUGCUAGCAAGCGUGCAUCUCCUAGCUACGUCAACACAGCACCUACCAGUCGACUCCGAAGUCCUCGGUCAGAAGUUCACUGCCAAAUUUAAAGAAUAUCUCGCAGGUUGGCUCAAAUUUGUCAAUUGGGAUGAAAUGAUGGACCUUGGCCUUGCUAUCGUGCGUUAUGCCCAAGAUCCCGUUGAGCCUCAAACACCACUACCCGAAGGCAUAGACGACGCCACCGUGCAGGAGAUAUUCCAAGAGAUACAACAAGCGAGUCAAAAUGGCAAAGUCAUGUCUUUCAAAAGUCCCGAAUCUCGUCUCGUACUGAGUUGGUUUCUCAACGCCCCAGUCCCAGACGACAUCGACGCAGCGCUCAACUGCCUAACCUCGCCCUACGUCCCUGAACUCGCAAAAGGGAGGUCCAUCUCAGAGCCAACUCGUCUCGCUUUUGAACAAUUAGCAGCUGCUCAAAAAGCGCUGAAGCCGGGAGGAGAAUGGGACGGAAUAGGAGACUUUGCUUCGAGCUUCAAUAACUUUCUAGAGUCGAUAGGACCAGCGUCCAUAACGGCCCCGCCAACACAGCUUCUACCUUUUCAUCAUACGGGAAAUGAGGAUAUGACAUACCAACCCUCGUUCCUAUCAGAUCUCAGCCCCCACUCGCUCAUCUGGGUCUGUUUACCGACCGAAAGUCGGCUGUCUCGACAAGCGCGGAUCUUUACCCCGGUAGCUCUUAUAGCUAUCUUCUGCCUUCUACUCUUGUGGCGCGUCAGGAACUGGAUCAGAUGGCUGACGUUCAGCCGCGUCGUAUCUGCCAUCCUCAUCCACUUUAUAAGAGACCUCAUAGUCGCCUACCCCAGCCUUAUACCAGACAUCACGCGCUUCGCUCCAAUCAUCGCCGUCACUGGAUGGCUAGCCAAAGGAUCAGUCUGGCAAAUGCUGCUAGAAUGUCACUUGACCUACGGGCUCUUCAAAUACAUUUUCAGCGAAGACUCAAAGGAUGAUUUAGUGCUGAACCAAGUUCGGUUUCGCUUGCGGUACGGCUUCCCGGACGCAGAGCCCGUCAUCAUAUCUCAUAAGUCGGGAGCAGAGUGGAAUUAUAAUUUCCUGGACCUCUACGAGAGUAUGUGGGGUAACUACAGCUUGGCAAACUUUGGAAUAUAUGAUUGGGUUCACCGCUGCGACGCCGUGGCCGCGUUGAUCGAUCAGUGGGCUGCAGAAGAAGAACAGGGACUUGAGACCAGCAAGAAAUUCUGGGGUCGGGGAUGGUGGUUUUAUAUCGAGUCUGAGAACCGGUGGAAGAAGUUCGACUUCCUAUCUGAAGGGACGCUUCCAGAUCGAGGUAAGACGAUGAAGGCUUUUGAAGAGAUCGAGAGAAUGGUUCAUGUAAAGGGUUGCCCGGAACUUUACCAGAAUUUUCGGAAACUGUUUCCUGAUAUUACUACAAGGGACAAGUAUCGAGAGCUCGAGGAGUUGCUUAGAGAUCAUCCAGAUAUUCUGUAUGUUGUGCAGGGCAUUUGGAUCGAUUAGCCUGCAAGUUGCAGGCUGCAACUUGGACGAGUCUACAGCAUUUCGCGGAACAUCGCAAUUUUAGCCCUCUUUCAAGACAUCGCAUUAUUUCCUAAGAAGAUU